AUGAGACUCUGUAUAGACUACAGAGCCCUCAAUUCGAGGUACUGGAUAGACUGCGGUCGGCAAAAUAAUACGGGAUAUUCGAAUACCUGGUUAUGCCUUUCGGGCUAA